UAGGUAUCAUUAAUUCAACUAAUAAAUUCAACCAAAACAACAAUUUACCUAUGUUAUGGUUCUUCAAUCUAUAUUCAGUAUUUCAGUAUUCAGUAUUCAUCUCAAAAAGAUCAAAUUUCAAUAGUUCAAUCACUUAUUCAAUAUUCACUUUAUUCUGAAAACGGUUUUUAACCGCACUCUCAUGCGUCGGUGUUCCGUAUCAUAAUAUUUAAAAGCUAUUAUACCUACUUUUUCUUGAAAUGGGUUUCAAACAGUUUCUCACGAAUCAUUGGCGAUUAGUCAAUUCAAAUAAUUUGUUUAUCAACAGAUGUGCAAAUCCAGUUUUGGAAUCUCAUAACAUAGGAUUUGCUCAAAAAUCAGUGGUAAAUAAGAUACAAUUACCUUUGAAACCAAAGAAACCUAGUCCUCCAUUCUUUCAAUAUCUUAAAGAAAGAAGACAAGAAGUAAUUGAAAAACAUAAUUUAAAUUUUAAAGAUGCCGUCCGUUUCCUAAGUGAGUCAUGGAAGGACUUUGAUGGUGAUACUAAGAAAAAAAUGACGGACAUUUAUAACAAAGAACUUGAACAAUACAAAGAUAAUGUAAAAGUUUUUAAUCAAAGCUUAACUGUUGACCAAAAAAAUGAAUUGUUUCGAGUCAAAUAUGAGCAGAUAGAACAAAGAACAAAACGUAAACUCAAAAAAGAAUUAAAAGAAUUAGGUAAACCCCGUAAACCUCUUACUGCAUAUUUGAAGUUUGUAACUGAAGAAAUAAAAAAUCAUGGAAAUGAGCCAGUUCAAACUUAUAUGGUAACAGUUGCUAAUAAAUGGAAAGAAUUAGAUGAAAAUACAAAAACAAAAUAUAUUGAAGCAGCUGCUGUAGAUAAUGAUAAUUAUAAAAAUGCACUUCUUAAGUGGGAAAAUGAUAUGAUUAAAGCAGGACGGUUGGAUUUAGUUAGAGCUCGUGCAUUGUCUAAUGAUGAUACAAAUAAUUAAAAAUUAAAUUUUACAAUUCAUUAAUA